UAAAGAGAUUCAACAUGGAGGAGUGCAAGAGUGUGAGUACUCCAAUGGGUCAUAAGGAAAAGCUUCAAAAGAAGGAUGGAUUAGUACCUGCAGAUGAAAGAGUUUAUAGAAGUUUGAUUGGCUGUCUUAUGUAUCUUACUGUAACUAGACUAGACAUCAUGUUUCUUGUAAGUGUCUUAUCUAGAUUUCUCAAUUGUGCAAGUGAGUUGCAUAUGGUAACUGCAAAGAGGGUGUUGAGGUACUUAAGAGGUACUCUUUCAUAUGGGAUUAAAUUUUGUAGAGUUCAAGAGUUUAAGUUGCAGGGGUAUUAUGACAAUGACUGGGCAGGAUCAGUGGAUGAUAUGAAGAGCACUUCAGGUUAUUGCUUUACAUUUGGGUCGGCAUGUUUUUCCUGGUGUUCAAAGAAGCAGGAAAUAGUGGUUCAAUCAACUGCAGAAGUUGAGUUCAUUGCAGCUACUGUAGCUGUGAAUCAAGCAUUAUGGUUGAAGAAGCUGAUGGAUGAUCUGCAUAUGUAGCAAGAAGAAGACAUAGAAGUGUUUGUGGAUAAUCAAGCUACUCUGGUCAUUUCACAUAAUCCAUUAUUUCAUGAAAGAACAAAGCAUUUUAAGGUCAAGUAUUACUUCUUGAGAGAAGUGCAGAAGGCUAGAGAGGUGAAACUGAUGUACUGCAGUUUAGAAAACUAGAUUGCAGAUAUAUUCACGAAGUCAUUUCAUGUUGGUCGA